UUUAACGUUUGAAAAAAGCUACCUAAAUGCUAUCUCUAUCGCUAACUGCUACUAAAACCGCUACUUUACCAAAUACUCUCAAAUUUUUUGUAAUAGAGUUUUGACUGAUCAAAACACUAACCGUUACUUCAAACGCUACCAUCAAAUAAGGCCAUAAUAUUAAGUUAUUGACAUCUCAACGAAGAGCUUCUCACCACUUAGUACCUUCAAAAAAAAAAAAAGUAAUGAACCAAAUUGAUUGCUAAUCGUCGGAAAUUCGGAAUUUACCUAUUUUUUUCAUCGUUUUAUAAAAAAAAAUCCAAAAUCAUAAAAAAAUUGAAGAACAAAAAUGGCAAAACCUCAACAUAGUGGCACUUUUUCUCAACGAUGGUCUCUCUCUGGAAUGACUGCUCUUGUCACUGGCGGCACUCGUGGAAUUGGGAAUGCAGUGGUUGAAGAAUUAGGAGGUUUUGGAGCAAAAAUUCAUCUUUGUUCGAGAAAUGAAGAGGAAUUAAACAAGUGCUUAGAUGAAUGGAAGGUAAAAGGUUUUGAAGUGAGUGGUUCUGUUUGUGAUGUUUCUUCUCGGGAACAACGACAGAAACUUAUGCAAGAUGUUUCUUCAAUUUUCAAUGGAAAGCUCAACAUUCUUGUAAAUAAUGUCGGUACGAAUAAAAGACAAGCAACUACUGAGGUCUCUGCUGAAGAUUAUGCAACAUUAAUGACCACCAAUUUGGAAUCUGCUUAUCAUCUCUGUCAGCUUGCACACCCUCUUUUAAAAGAUUCUGGAGCUGGAAGCAUUGUCUUCAUAUCAUCUGUUGCAGGGGUUACAUCUAUUGGUACUGGAACUGUUUAUGCGGCUACUAAAGCUGCAAUUAAUCAGCUGACCAAAAACCUGGCAUGUGAAUGGGCAAAAGACAAUAUCAGGACCAAUACUGUUGCACCUUGGUAUACCAGAACCUCACUUGUAGAGCAUUUGCUUGCUGACAAGAGCUUCUUGGAGAAAACCAUUUCGCGCACACCUCUUGGCCGCAUAGGAGAACCAGAGGAGGUAUCAUCAAUAGUGACAUUUCUCUGCCUUCCUGCUGCUUCUUACAUCACAGGCCAAAUUAUUUGUGUAGAUGGUGGAAUGACUGUUAAUAGUUUUAACUCCGGGCUUUACUAGUUAUUAGUUCAUCCUUGUCAGUCUCAACGCCUUCUAGUGAACUAGGCACUUCUAGGCUAUCGAUCACCUGAGAGUCAUAAGCAUCUAUUUAACCGUGACUACUUAGAUCAAACAAUAAGCUAGGGAGUAGUAACUUAAAUUACACCCGUAUUUUCAAUAAUUUGUUUUUGGAAUAAGUUUUUCGGAGACGUAUGGACUGAAAAGUAAUGUUUGCAUUAUAUCAUUCAUAUGAUGCCAUAUCUCAUUUGAUAGAUACCAAUGUCCGGUUUUUAUAA